ACUCAAGUCUCUCUCUUUGCCAAGCAUCAAAGUCUUCUCUGUUUCCCAAGUCCUCUGAAUUCUUUUUCUUGUUCUAAUUUUCCACUUGAGAAUAUAAAAACCAUGGGAUUCCGGUUGCCAGGAAUUGUUAACUCCAAGAAGGGUCUAAACAAGGCUGCUACUUCAAAGACCUUAGACAUCCCAAAAGGCUAUUUUGCAGUGUAUGUUGGGGAGAGCCAGAAGAAGCGAUUUGUGGUUCCAAUAUCAUACUUGAAUGAGCCUUUGUUCUUGGAUUUGCUGAGUCAAGCAGAAGAAGAAUUUGGAUAUGAUCAUCCAAUGGGUGGUAUCACAAUCCCCUGCAGUGAUGAAACCUUCAUUCGUCUCACUUCCCGCUUAAGUGUAUGAAUGAAGGCAAAUGAAGUGAAUCUGGUUCAUAUCCAAAUCUGCCCCAGUUGGAUCAGAAGAACU